AGCAGGCGGCAGCGGCGGCGGCAGCGGCUGCGGGUGGGGAGCUGCUGCGGAUUGCGGUGCGCGCGCUGGAGCCGCCGGAUGACCCACAGGCGCAGGACCCAGACGACCUGCCCCGGGUACACUGGAGCCUCAGUCGGCUGGGCGGCGGCGCUGCAGCCCGCAGCGGAAACAACCCGGCAGCGCUGUUCUUCCCAUCCUCCUCCUCCUCCUCCUCCUCCUCCUCCUCCUUCUCAGCGGCAGCAGCAGCAGCGUCCUCCUCCUCCUCAGCCUCCCGGGGCUGGGAGGCGGUGCAUACCGUGGUAUUGGAGGCUGCCCUCACGGCUGCCAAGCAGGCGCAUGCGCCAGCGGAGGCAUGGGAGGCGGCGGCGGCACUGCUCAGGGACCACCACUCCCUGCUGCCACCACACUACCAGGCGGCCCUGCUGGAGACGAUGGCACAGGCCUCCGCUGCUCUCCCCGGCCGCUACCGCAGCCGCCUCAGCCUGGGUCCCGGCCCCCUGCUGCAGCUCAAACGCCUGCUUCCCGCCGCCCUGCCCCUGCAACCCGCGCCCCUCACCCUCACCGCCGCCGGAAGCAUUGCGACAGGCGGCGGAGGCGCCGGGGGCCGCGGCGGCAAGGGAGGCGCUUCCGCCGGGCCCUUCAUAUUCAAUGCGUUCGCUGCGAAGAAGAAGCAAGCAGCCAAGGGGGAAGCGGGCGAGGCGGGAAGCAUUCCGGAUUGGGCUUGCAGUGACGAGGGGCGAGUGGAGGUCUACCUGGUCAAUCCCCUGGCGGUUCCCUUCAAGAUCGACCAACUCCAGCUCCAUGUGCGCUACUUGGGGAGCCCCUCAACGAUUACAGCAACGGCUACAACUGCAACUGCCGGUACGACAACAACGGCAACCGCUGCUACUGCUGCGAGUGGUAGUAGUACGACAACGGCUUCGGAUCCAAGAUCUCCGAAUACCUCCUCCGGAGGUGCUGCCGCCUCCGCCUCCGCCGCUGGCGUUACGACGACGGGUUUUAGUCGGAGCUCCAGCAACUUGGGAGUUGGCGGCGGCGGCGCAGGCAGCGGCAGCAAGGCUGCGUUCAAGACUCCUGCGUUGAAUGUUGUGUUGCCGCCGAAUGGGCGGCCGCUGCGGGUGGUGCUGUGCGGGAAGCCACAGCUGCCGGGCACUUACUGCGUGGAGGGGUGCAUGGUGACCUGCUGGGGAGUCAGCUGGCUAGUGCCCUUCACACUGCCGCUGCGGAAGCUAGCCACACCAGCGGGGUCCGCAGCAGCGGGGGUGGGGGGACGUGGAGGGGGCAGUGCAGCUGCCAACAAGGCCUCUGCUGCUGCUGCUGCUGCUGCCGGUGGUGGUGGGGCACCCGGCAGGGGUGUGAAUGUGAAUGUGCUGCCGCCGCUGCCCCUCAUCAAGGCCACCAUUCGCGCCAGCCCCUGCUCCGGCCCGCAACUGGUGCACCCGCAGCAGCAGCAGCCGCAGCCGCAGCCCUCCUCCCAGCCCGCCACACCCUCCGCCCACCAACCCGCCCAGCAGCCUACCCUCCAACACGCCCAGCAAUCGCAGCAGCAACCCCAACCCCAAGCGCAGCAACCGAGCCAGGCCUUCGACCCGGCUGUGGUGGCGGUGUGCCCGCGGGACGAUGACAUCCAUGCACCGCCGGCCCACCCCGGGUUCUCCGAGGACCUGCAACGCUCCCCGCCUGUGGCUGUGUUCGAGGGACAGCGACUGGGCUGGAGCCUGGUGCUGUCCAACGCGGGGUCGCUGCCCGUCACCGGCCUCAGCUGCUGCGUAACCAACCACAAGGGUGUGGCUUUGAAGCCGCUGCGGGGCGCACCCCUGCCCGCCAGCUUCCAGGGGGUUCAUUUGGAGGUGGACGACUCAGCGCUGCAGCCGCAACACCCGCCCACACCGCCCCUCCUGAGCCCCUCCACGUCGCUUCUUCUCGCAUCUGCCUCCGCCGCCGGCGGCGGCAGUGGCGGUAGCAGCAGCGGCGGCGGCAGUAGCAACAGCAGUUGCGGGGGCAGUGGCUGCGGCAGCGGCAGCGGUUGUCUCCUGCCGUUACGUCCCGGGGGCGUUAUAACGCUUCCGUUGGUUCUGGCGGUUGGUCAGGCGCCCCGUGGGACGUUUCGGGAAGUUUCGUUGGACGUUACUGUGUCGUACGUUAAUAAGCCUAACGACCGAUCCGGCGGUUACGAAACGACGUCAUUGCCGUCGGCGGCGGCCGCAGUAGCAGUUGUGGGCUCUUCAUCUUUGUCUUCUUCUUCACCUCAGCAGGUUCUGGGAAGAAAGAUGACGCUGACAUUGACCUUCGAGGUUCAGCCCUCGCUUUCAAUUGCCUCAACGGCAUUUCUCGACUUUUACGCGCCGUUACGUAACGGUCAACGAUUGGCGCUGGACCGAGCGAGUGGCCCAUGGGUCGCGGCGGCGUCGGCGGUCGUUGGCGCCGCGGCGGCGGCCGCCGGCGGCGUGCCGGGAGGCGGCGACGACGGAAGCGGAGGCAGCGACGAGGAGGAAGAUGAAGAUGAUGAUGAGGAUGGGUGGGGCGUGGAGAGAGGAGGCGGUGCUUCCCGAGUUGCCACUUCAAUGACGCAACCCAACAUCCUUGGGAGCAGCUUCCUCUCCCAGCACUCCACCUCCACCCCCCUCACCGCCGUCUCCCGCGCCAGCCUGGGAGGAGCAGGGGCGGGUUCGGGGGCGGCGCCUGGGAGCGACCCACGGGUCAGUCGCGGCCUGCUGCGACCCCAGCUAAGCAGUCGCAGCUCGGGUUCGGGUCUCGGAGUGGCGGUUGGCGGUUUGAGCGCUCGGUUGGCCGGGCUGGAUUUGAACUGGGGGCUGAGCAGCCGGAGAAAGGCUGCGGCGUCCUUCUCUCUUCCGCCUCCUUCUUCCGCCGCCGCCGCCUUCGCGCCCGAAGACCAUGCAGCUGCAGCAGCAGCAGCGGAAUGCGCGGCCGGCGGCCAGGGUGUCAGCCGCAGCGGCGGCAGUGCCGUACGGGGUCAGCAGUACGACCCACGGGACACUCAGGCGCUGGGUGCGGGUCGGGGGGCGCCGCUGCGGCCCACCACCUCUCAGCAAGCGGAGGCUGCGACGGCCUCAGGCGUCUCGGCCAUGGUGACAUCUGAAGGCACGGAUGACUCGUUGGGGCUGGUCACGGACUGUGUGCUGUGUGUGUCGGUCUACAACAGCAGCAGCUACUACUUCAGGGCCUGGCUGGCCCGCCUAGACGACGCCGCCGGCUCGCCGCCGCCACUGACUGCCGCCGCCGCCGCCGCCGCCGACAGCCCCAUUGAGGUGCUGCAGCCCGGCGACACCGCCAAGCUGGCCUGCCUGCUGCCCUCCGCCGCCUACACAGCACUGAAGAAGAUGGCGGAAGAGAUGAACACGGCAGCGGCGGCGGCGGCGGCGGCAGCGAGUACUGCUGACGGCGCCGUCAGCGGUGAGGAGGCUUCCGCUUCCGCUGGCGCUGCCGCCGCCGCCGCCGCCGGCGGCAACACCUCGCGGAAAGUACGGCUGACCAUUACGCCGCCACCGGUUGACAUCGGCGCGUUUGAGGGAGCGCCGUCGGAUGCACCGGCGGCGGCGGCGGUCACCGCCGCCACCGCCGCCUCCAUGCCUGGCGUUACCGGCGGCGGCAGCGGCGGCGGUGUGGGUGAGCUGUCGGAGGAGGCGGACCGUAUGGCUGCAGCGGAGGGACUUGCGGAGGGCUGGGCGGUGGUGUGGGAGCUGGUGACGGGGCUAAAUGAGGCCGCUGCGGGUCGGGCGCCGCCGCGGGGGAUGGUGCGGCUGGCGGCGGUUGAUAUCGCUCGGAGCAUGUCCACCGCGGCCGUACACGCGCUGCAGCCCAGCCCCGUGCACUUCCAAUUCCAGGCGCUUCCACCAGCAUUUCCCUCGGUUGGGGCCGUGCCACGUCUCAAAGACCUCACCUACCGAUUACAGGCGCUGGGUCUGAUGCCGCCUCACGUGGCGGGAUCCGUGUGGGGCCUCCGAGCGCAGCUGGGCGAUGUGCUCCGAUGUGAGGUCCUGAUCCACAACCGGGGCAGCCUUCCGCACCACCUGACCUUCUCAAUAGCUGCCGUCAACUGCGCAACACACCCCCACCCGCACCCCUCACAAGCCCCGUCGUCAUCUGAUGCCGUACAAUCCAGCCAGCAAGGCAUGUACGGACAACAAGCACCGUACGGCAAUUACGACAGUACGGCACAGCAGCAGUACGCUGCAACGCAUCUGGGUUUCAUGGCGGGUCCGACAUCACCUUCUUCGUCGUACCGCAACCUUCAUGCUGCGUCGUACACUGGGUUGUCGUACGGCGCUCCUGCUGUACCGUACGGCACGAGUCGCCUGCAGCAGCAUCCGUACGACAGUUCGUACCACUCAAUGCAGCCGUACAACGAACGAUCCGCAGGCGGCAUUAGCCUGACGUUUGGCGGCGCAGAUCCCUCGUCAGCGUACGGCAUCAGUGGCGGCGGCGCUGCGAGUGACGGCGCAAUGGAGUCCGGCAUUGACCCAGGGGUCGUUAUCGUGGGUUCCGUACAAAACGUCCACGUCAUCCUAGAUCCCCGCACUACGACACGGCAUCCCUUUGCGCUGACGUUUGCGCAUCCCGGGUUUUACCAGUUGUACGUGUACGACGUUUGUGCCGUACCUGAAACGGCGCCACAACCCCAGCGUGUGUAUGCGUCGGUGGAUCGUCUAACCGUGCUAUGCGUUUGAAGCAGUUAACAUCAGGGUACAUUAGCAUAUGGGCAAGCCUCCUGCUGUCUGUGUUUAGGAGUGUUGGAUAUAAAAGCGGAACAGUGUGGAACAUUGUAUGGGUUUAGGGUUCAGCGGUAAAACAUCGCUGUGUGUAUAGCCUUGGGGUGGCUGGGUUUGGUGAUGGGCGGUGUGUGAGGCUUGUUUGGGAGGUCUUGCGGGGAGUAUCUCGCCGGUUACGUGGUGUGACCCAUGGGUCGUGAUAGCUCCGGAGCAAUGGGGGAAGGCUCCCAACCAUGCCUUUGCAAGGAUAGGACAAUGCGCACGCUAUACUGCGUAUGUAUGGUCUGAGGUGGGCCAUGGCAUUCCAUGCAUCAAAGUUAUCAUUGGC